AAUUUUCCAAAAAAUCAAACAACAACAAAUGCAACUCUGAUGAAUUAUAAAACACAUUCGCAAGCAAUUUAUACCAGUAGACUUCUCAAUUUUUCAAAUCUUCCAAAACCUAAAAAUGAAAAAAUUUUUGAAAAAAAACUUGAAGAAUUGACAGAAUCAUUUUAUCAAAUAAAUGCUGGUGAUGAUGAUUUGGAUAUGUCUAAUUUAUAA